UAUUAUCUUUGGUAGUAUUUGAAAUUUAUCGGCGGGUGUUUUCAAUUUUGUGCUGUUGGUCGUGUCAUACUUCGAUACAGUUUCUUUACCUUGGUUUAUUGUUGUUCGUUCAAUAUGGUAGUUGAUAAAGUCAUUCUGGAUGAAUAUCAGAAGCUAUACAAUGAAAUUGAGGACAUAAUUAAGACGAUAGUUCACGUUCCAUCAGUGAAAUACUCAUACCUAUGCAGACAACUUUCUAUCCUGUGUUUGUAUCUCGGUAAAAAGCGUGAAGCAGUUUAUUACCUUGUAAACUGCCUUGGCUUCCAGUUAAGGUGGCGUGCAAUAUGUAGAGACACGAUAAUGCAAGAGAAGAAACUGCGCAACCCAGAAAUGGAAGUUCGACUACACAGGAAGUAUUUACAAUUUCAGGGGGAGUACGAUACAGAUGGCUUCAAUUCCAUGAUGAAAAGACUCUACGAUCUUCCACCACAGUGGAGAGUUGUACAAAUUUCAGUUCCGUACAAUGCAAAGAGAAGACUGGAAAAUCAAUUGUCCAUGAUAGCUACAUCUUCCAUUUGUAUUACCUGUUUCGAGUGUGGUAGUGGUGCAGCGGAUCCUUUAAUGGUGACUAUUCCACAGCCGUCGAAUUCGAAUAUAUUUUGGGAAGAAUUCAUUGACACUCUGAAGGUAAACAGACAGAGGUAUGAUGAACAGAAUCCAAUAAUGCAUAACAGAAGAAAAAUGGAAGCAAAUGACAGGAUGUUGCAAAUUCUGAAGGACAUGAGAUACAGUUGGCUGGGAGUGUGGAUGUCAAUCCUUGUUGGCCGGUUGGUUGAUGACUGUUACUUAAAGAAACUGCGCAAGUCGGUAGAUGAGAUAGUGCACGAUUGUCAUGUGACAGACUGCUUCUUAGAUAGGGGUCAAGAACUGCUUUACUAUUUUGUGGAGUGUUACAGUCACAUAACAGAAGAGGAGUUUGAAAGUGGAAUUCGCUCAGUCUUAGAUGAGGAAUGCUCUCCAGCUAGUGCUAAUGCAUUAAUAUCCAAACUGAAGAGUUUGUGCAGUGGACCCAGUUACAUGAGUAAUUUAAAGAGACAUCCUGUUAUUCUUGUUGUUGAUGAAGAAUUGGAGCAUUUUCCAUGGGAGAUGCUAAAUGGUUUGGCAGAGCAUCCUGUUUCUCGAAUAUCUUCAAUACCACUGCUCCAUGCACUAUAUCAUGAACACAAAAGCAAGAUAAAAAAUGGAUGUGUGGAAUAUGUCUUCAAGCCAGAAAAUGGCUUUUAUCUCUUGAAUCCAGAGAGAAAUCUUAAUGCUAUGCAGGAUCGGAUGGUACCUUUCCUUGAUAGUUGCCUUGUUGGAUGGCCAAAUAUGGUGGGCAAGUGCCCAUCAGAAGAUCAGUUGGUAGAUGUUUUAACUAAGAAAGACAUAUUUAUCUACUUUGGUCAUGGGUCUGGUGGGAAAUACCUCCAUCCGUACAAAAUUGCCAAACUUAAUGUGAAUGCAACAGUGUUACUCUUUGGAUGUAAGAGCAAUACUUGGGCAUAUGAGCCUUAUAAUGACAGGCUAAGCACAGCCCGAGCAUAUUGCAUUUCAUCAAGUCCCUGUGUGCUGGGUAUGUUGUGGGAGGUGCCAGAUAGAGACACAGAUGCUUUGACAAAGGAACUUUUAAAGGCAUGGCUUAUGCCUUCACCAGAUCGUGAACCUGAAUUACUGCGAGCUGUAGUUAGAGGAAGAAAUGGGGCACGUGAGUUUGUCACAAAAUCAUCCUUAGUGAUUCGUGGUUUGCCUUCUAGGAUGUUGUUCCAAGACUUGUAAUAUACAUUAGUGAAAUAUAUAUUAUUUUUGUGGCUGGCCCUGUCAAAUGCCCUCUAACUGUUUGACAACUGUAAAUUUUUAUUUGACAUUGCUUUUGUAUUGAAUUGUAUUUUAUUGAUCCGAGAAAUCACAAUAUUGUACAAUUCAUACAUAUGAUAACGGACAAGCCAAAGUUUAAAUUUGUACAAGAAAUUUUUUAUAAUUUAAUUUAUACAUGAAAGCCUGUGCAAUAUUACGAGAAUGUAACAGCUAUCACGUUAAACUUUUAUUAGUGAUACGGGCUGCAACUUGUUUUAACAGUAACAUGAAAUAUCUGUGAUACAGUGGAACAUGAUGGGAGCAGAAUAGGAAUAAAUACACACAGAGAUGGGACCUACACUAAGAAAAAGCACUACACUCAAUUAUCAGCUGCAAGUGAACAUUUUUUAAGGAAUUAGGUAACAUUUAUAACAUUUUUUUUAAAUUACUGUGUUAAAACUUGAGCUUCAUAAAAUAUAUAUAUGUGUGUGUGAAGGCCUUUGGUAUUUCUGUUAUCUUACCCCAACACGUACCACACUUUUCUUGUAGCAAGUUGUUAACAGAAUCGUAUGUAAGUUGCUUCCUCAUUUCAUAACUGUGAAAGUGUCAAUUUAAUGUCACUGAGAUGUCUUCGUAGAGGAGGUAACUUUUAACAAGUGAUACAAUACUGUAAAUGUAAGCAUAUUUAUUUUUCAUCAUUUGCUCGAUUUUUUGCAGUGAUGUUUGAUAUGUACAGCAGCAUAUACAUGCAUGUGUUACAGUAUGUUUGAUAUCUACAUAAAGUACUCAACUUUUCAGGCAUUUGUGUCAAAACUGUAAAGAUUUUAAAGUGUGCUCCCUGUAAAAUAAAGUUAGUGAAAAUCAGUUUUUUGUAUUUAAACACACACAAAAUAUAGUUUCAGACAGAGUUUAAGAAAUAGGUCCUACAAUAUAAUAUAACAUAACAUUGCCAAUAGACUAUAAUAUAUCAUUAUGAGAACUCCCUUAUACUGUAAUAGACUGAAACUAGUUGACAUCUUAGUUUUUGUUUUAAUGUAGACAAUGUUUCUAAGUUAUUGAUGCCGCAUGGAGGUUGUAGUGAAAUAUGCUCCAGAUAUUUUAGGAUUUUUGUCACUGAAGUCUAUUUGUAUAGAUGUGGUAAUCUUUACAUCCAAUGCUGUAAUUAAAUAUAUUUUUGUUCAGCAAAGCUGUGCAAUUUAUUUUUUUGAGAACAUAAUAUUUCAUAUAGGCCUACACACUGCACCAUCAGUACUUGGAAUUCUUUAAAUGUGUUUCUGCUGGACUAAUUUGGUAUUAUAUUUCCAAUCCACCUAAUAGACUUAUUUUACACUUUAAGCAAAGAACUUAUAAAGAUAAUAGCAGGAACUAUGGCAUUUACAAGUGUUUUUCAGGAGACACCACUAGCAGUGCAAUUUGUUUGUUCAAGCUGGAUACUACACUUGCCAUGAUGUCUUCAAUUCCAUAUUUUACUUGCCCAUGUACCAAAAUUACUUUGCAAGGUUUACAUUUCUUAUGCCAUUUAAGAUGUUAUGUUAGAUAAUAAUUCAUUUAAAAUGCAGGGUUAAAGAAAUCUAAAACAAUCAGUUCUGUACAGUUUAUUUUGAUAGAGUGCAAACUAAAAAAUUUCAAAACUAUACAUGUCGUAACUUCUAGGCCUAUACAUGUAUGCACUUUCUAUGAACAUUUCGGCCUAUUUGUGAAUUACUUUCUGUAACUUAAAGGUACCCUUUUAAAUUUCUGAUACCGAGGAAUCAUAUUUCUUAUUUAUUAUACUUUAAUUAAAACUGUUAAGUAUUUCUUUGCUAACAAAAAAUAUCAACAAUUAGGCACUCCUCUUAAUUUGACACAUUCAUUAGCGAGUAAGAAAACUAUCUUGCUUCUCAUCCGAUAAGUGCAUUCAACAACACACUUUUCAAAAUUAUGUCUACAAAUUUCUGACAUUUUAUAUGACAAAUUCUGAGCACAAACAUUGGGGAAAAGCGUUUUGUUUGAGUCAUAUCUCUUCACCUGUUAAUGAAAGUUGGCAAGUUGUCAUUAUAUGAUGCCAGAGUGCUUUCUCAUGUUCCAGCCUACUGCAUACCCAGUCCACAUUAUAAUCCGUGGCUUUUGUUUCAUUAGAUAUACAUUCAUUGAUACUGAUAUCAGCAGACAGAGAUAAACAAACAUUGUCUUUAGCAGGCACUACACUCACAGUUCCAAUGAAAGGCAGUUUUUUCAGUUCAUUUAAUGUUGCUAGGAAUGCUGCUGUAUGUACUUCACAGUUGUUGUUUUCAGACGGAGAAAGCAAACUAUUAACCAUAACUGACCUUAUUGUUCUGUGAAAUUUGCAAACAUCAGGUGCUAGUUUGUUACAGUCUCCUUUCUCUCUUACAAUAGAAAAGGCAUUUUCAAUGCAAUCCUGAGUCGACUUUCUGGCGAACAGAGAACUAAAGCCAAAUCUGUCACUUAGUUCUGUCCACAGCAACAGAAGAUUUGUGAUGUUAUUUAUAGAUCCUUUGAUGCAUUGUGGGUUACUUUUACUGCUUGCCCUCGUAUUCUGAGUAACUAUUUGCUUCAUAAUGAGUUGAAUUUCCUCAAGCUUCUCUAAAUAUUUAGAAAUGGGAUGAAGAGGCUUCGUAACUUGCUUUGGGCUACUAAAUUUUAAUGAAUUGAAAAUGUCAAGCAAAACUCAAAUAUUUCAAUAAAUUCAGCUAUGAAAGCAGCAGAUGAUGGUCAAGAAUUGGAACAUACGUGUAGGAACAGUGUGACUGAGUACUCGUACUGCUAAACAUACCCUCAUGGGAGUGGCCGCAUGCCCUGCUUCCUUCAGGAAUUCUUAAAAGACUGAGUUUUCAAGCUACAUGUAGGUUCUGUUUUGUGAGACACCUUUAUCCAGGAAAUCGAUGUGCCUCAAGGUUCGAUCGUGAGCAUCGUCCUCUACGCUAUCGCCACUAACCCUGUAAUGGCUUGUCACCCACCAGGCAUCUCCGGCUCCCUUUUUGUUGAUGAUUUUGCCAUCUAUUGCAGCUCUCCAUGGACUUGUCUGCUUGAGCAGCAUCUUCAGCGAUGUCUUGAUCGUCUUUACUCAUGGAGCAUCGACAAUGGCUUUUGCUUUUCUACUGACAAAGCAGUUUGUAUGAAUUUCUGGUGGCGCAAUUUGUUUCUUCCACUGUCUUUGCAUCUUGGGCCUGUUGCUCUUCUGUUUAUUGAAACUAUGAAAUUCCUGGGGUUCAUGCUCGAUAGCGAACUUUCUUGGUCCUCCCACAUGUCUUACCUGGCAGUUAGCUGUAUGCGGUACCUCAUUGUCCUACAUGUCCUCAGUGGUACUUCCUGGGGAGCAGGUCGAACCACACUCCUCCAUUUGUACCAGUUCCUUGUCCUUUGAAACUAGACUAUGCAUGUUUUGUUUAUGCAUCCGCACGUCCUCCCUCUUACGCUGUCUGAAUACUAUCCACUAUCAUGGCAUCCAUUUGGCAACUGGCGCCUUUUACACUAGCGCGAUUGGGAGGUUGUAUGCAAAAGCUGCUGAAGUGCCGCUGUCCUACUGCCGUGACCUUCUCCUCAGCAAAUGUGCUUGCCGUUUGUCUGUCAUGCAUGGCCACCCAUCCUAUGCCUUCUUCUUCGAUGACUUCUAUGAUCAUCAGUAUGGGUUGCAUUCCUCUUUGUUACCUCCUGCAGUUCGUUUUCAGCUCUUGCUCUGGUAGCUUAACUUCACGUUACCUGCAACUUUCCAGAUGGGUGCGAACCCUACACCACCUCGGAUUUGUGCAGUGACCCAUGUUCAUCUUGGCCUUCAUUAGCUUCCUAAGGACACUUCUUCAGACUCAUUCUAUGCCUUCAGUUUCAUGACCUUCGCAUAGAAUUUUGCGAUAGUUCCUUUGUGUGCACCGAUGGCUCUCGGACUGACUGUGGUGUUGCCUUCGUCAUUGGUACUGCAUUUUUCUUUAUCGGCUUAUGGAACAUUGCUCAGUAUUUACAGCAGAACUCUUUGCCCUGUAUCAGGGUAUGGAGUACAUCCGGCGCCACAGGCUUUUUAUUUUCAAAUGAUAAGAGCAUAGCAAUCACUUGUACUUUUCUAGCAGGUUUUAUUCAGCAAAUCUAGAUUUCGACUAGUGCCCAGCCAUUAUCAGUGCACCAUUUCAUAGUGUCAAUGCAUGUUCUAGUAUGUCAGCCCAAUGUUGUUUGGGCUUCUGUUACAGUUCGUUCAAGACUACUGUAUACCGUAUACAGUAGUCUUGAGCAAACUGUGAUAGAAACCCAAACAACAGGGGGUGAUGUUCUAGCAAUGCGUAGCCAUUAUCAACGGACCAGUUCAUAGUAUCAGUGCUUAUUGAUACUAUGAAAUGGUCCAUUGAUAAUCGCUACGCACUAGCCGAAACCUAGAUUUGCCAAAUAAAACUUGUAAGAAAAGGAUGACUGAUUGCCAUCACAUCACAGCCGUUGAGUGCACCCACCCACGUACGUAAUGGAAGGUAAUUUGAUACAGGCUUUUCAAUUGCGUCAUCUGGUCUGACUUUCUGUGCCCUUCAAAGCCUCUGUGUGCUGUACACCAUCCAUGCCUAGUGCAACAGGUCCAGGAAAUCUGUCACUUGCUUCCUCUUGAUGGAGCCACUGUGAUGUUUAUGUGGAUUCCUGGUCACAUCGGUAUGACAGGAAACGACGCCUGCUGCCUAGGCUUCAGUCCUCCUACUCAGCCCGCUAGUUCUUACAUUCCACCCGAUUAUCUCUAUGCUGCUGCUGUCAGUGGGUGGUGUCAUUUUGGCACCUCCACUGGUCCUCCCUUCAUGGGAACAAGAUCCAGGUUAUCAAGCCUCCAUGAGUGGCUUGGACAACUUCCCCUCGAUCCUCUCACCAUGAGGAGAUCAUUUUAGUUAGGUUGCCUUUCAGGCACUUUCUUUUUAGCCAUUACCAUUUGUUAACUGGUGCUCCCACACCACUUUGUGCUCAUCUACUUACAUUCUUGUUUGUGUUUGCUGUCUGAGUUAUUGACAGUUUUAGCUAAUGAUGCUUGGGCUGUCGACUGUGUUUUACUUUUUAUCCGUUGAAGCAAUAUGGCGAAGUACAUUUAAUUUUUAGUUCGGGACCUCAGUUUCUCUAUGAAGUAUUUUGUGGACCUUUCUGCUGAAUUGGAGUUUUCUAACUGAACGUCUGAAUCUAACUCUUCAACCUCUUCAAACAAAUCAUCCUGUGUAUUGUAAGUCAAAUGUGAUACAAGAAAAAUUUCAUUGAAUACUAUAGGUUCAACCCUUUUCCUUGGCUCCACCUUUACAUAUGUCAUUUUCAGUACCUCAAGAACAUUGUUGUUUACACUAGAUUUUACCUCUGAAUUUUUCAUCCAGGUCCAUAGUUACCUAGUGGUUAGUAAACGAAAAUGUGCGCUCAGAAUCCUGUAUGCCUUUGGUGUGCAAAAAUGUAAAAUUAAAGAGAAAUUGUCCUGUCCUGAACAGUGACAUGCUUGACCCUUCCUGUUUCUUAGGGAUGCCUGAAGGUUAACAAUAUUUUGUGCAACAUCAUUAGGUGUAUUGUUCACUGCACAGUCACAUUGUAAUCCCUCUAUUUCAAAUGUCAAACUUUAGUUCUUAAUUUUAUUUUACUUAAUUUGUAUCUGUUCAGUGCUUUCUAUAAUGCUCAUAACCUCCUCCUCACAUGAUUGCAAACUUAACACUGUUCUUCAUCUCUGCACUCUCUACUUUCCCAAAGAUCCUCAUAAUAACCAGCUAUGUCUUCUUCUUCUUCUCCCCCUUCUUAUUCUCCCCUCUUUUCUUUAGACUGCUUCUGUGUAGUUUCCUUUGUCAUAGAUAGCAGAACUGAAGGCACUGCACCAGACCAAAUACUGAUCAAGACAAGAAAAAUGUAAGCCAUUAUUUUAAAUUUCUGUUUAGACUUGUCUUGUUUUAUAAAAUGUGACAAGCUGACAGUGAAUUAUUGUGCCAGUGUUUUAAAGCCUCAUCUACUCUUUAAAUAAAGUAAUUAAA